CCCUGGCUCUCAAUAUCCAGUGCAGAAUCUUCUCACCUGUCACCCCUAAAAGCCACGCUGAUCUGGAGACAAUGAGGCCAUAUAAACAGGAGGAGCAACUUCCCAGGAAAGAGAAGACUACAGGUGAACCUUGCACCCAGCGUAAUUUCUUAAACACACAAAUGAUCCGGAAGCCAGUUAACUUUUUUGCUUAUCCUGUGCAAAUAUGGACUCUGGAUGGGGUCCCAGUGUCUCGGGAAAAAGUGGGUGGAGCGUGCCCUGGACCAGGACAGUCUGGACUCCUGGCGUGAGGACAGCUUGGUCUUCUUUCCACAAAGAGUGGGGGGAGUGUGGAACAAAGCCACUCAGCCAAGCUGUUGAAGCCGAUAGCCUGGCUUCUAGCAAGAAACACCUGGAUGAGACCCUUGUGUCACUGAGCUACUAACUACCCAGGCGUCUGGAUUGGCCUAACCGACCCCCCCAUUUCUAUACUAUAAUGCGCUGGGUGAGGCAGUAGUUUUUAAAACUGUAAAUCGUGCCCAGGACAGAGAACUCACGGGGUCUGGAAUCUUCUGGCUCUUGCUCUAAGCUGGGCAGGUCAUUAAACAAGCAAACUCAUUUCCUUCUCGGCUGGAGACUUAUAGGAUUAAAGUCUUUUUACCGCUGCUCGAAACAUACACGUCAUGAAACGUGCGGUACAGCUACCCAUGAAACACGCUAGAGUCGGGAACAGAAAUAUGAAUAUCCGGCAGUUAUUUAAACACACCGGCUGUGUAACCAAGAGCUGGACUGGGACGAAAACCCCCAGAAGACCCUCUACGAACCGGAUCGGAGACACCAGGUGUCAGCACUGACAAUCCAUGAAGAUGGAUUUCAGGUGGAGAGCUUCCCGAAAGGUCACUGUCCACACGAAGACAGUGGCGCGAUGAACACGCUAAAUUAUACGAUACUUCAAAAACACAGCCUUCAUUGCAUUUUCAAUUGAUCUCAACACGCCCAGGGAGAGUUGAAGCCUAUCUGUGGCGGUCGCUGUAAUUGAUGUUUUCCACAUCACAGCGCGUUCCCGAGGACUAAGCACAAUUACGGAAAACUGUACGAGACAAAAUCUAAAUCCAUAUCAGCCACACCACAUUAUUAAAACGCAGGCCGAAACAGACCAUUAAGGACAAGAUCAUCUGGGGCUACAGUAUGUAAGAAGCUUAUUGCAGCGGGAAGCCAUUUUUUCGCUCCAAACACUUGGUUUGGAGCGAAAGUGCUGGUAAAUAAGAGACCGUGAACCUUAAACCCGUUGUCGGAUCGACUGAAUCCGCAGGAAUGCAAUCGGCCUCCCGCAAGAUACAACCCAGCAUGACAAAGGCUACAUAACACAACAGAUCAGCUGUUUUAAAGAAGACAGAGAAGCUCUUCUCCCUCAGCCCUCCUGAAACUUCAGACCGAGCUGAGCGAGGGGGCUUAUCGGCGACGCGGGGCAAACAGAGCAGUGCGCAGGGUUCAGAACCCGUCCCGCAAGAAGAAGGAGCCAACAUGACUUCACUGAGGCAGCUGCGAGUCAACAUUUGUGAAGGCGCUCUGCACAGGCAGUGAUAGGGGAGAUUUAAAUUGACAGCAACCUGCUAAUGACAGCAAUGACGAGGGACCUAUCACAUCAAAACCAUUAGAGCCAUGCUGAGGUGACAUGAUAAAAUAUCGAUCCCCCUGUGAUGGAUGGCCCUGGAAGAUAUAAAAGUGAGGCGUCUCCAGUCGCAGGGGAGCAGAACUGACCUCAACACCCGAGGCACGAUCAUGCAGUCCUGGGCUUUGGUCUACACAGCUGUUGUCCUGUUGUCUGCCAGUUGCUGCCAGGCUUUUCCGCUGUACUCAGGACCCAGUCUGGUGCCGCAGGCAGAUAUGUUCCAGAGGGUGGCCGCAGACAUCGAGGAGGCAGAAGGCACAGGAGGAUCUCUGGGAGAGAGCAGAGGGCAGAUGAAGGGUCUCUACCCUCUCCUCCUGCCGCAGGGACAGGACACGAUGAGCAGGCUGAAAGGCACUAAAGAUUCUAUCCAACAGGAAAAGCUCAACAACGUGGUGGAAGACGUGAAGGCAGCAGUGUUGAAACUGGCGGCUCUGGACAGGCUGCGCACACACAGCCUCUUCAGGUCUGAGCAGAACCCGCAGAAAACGGACAAGAGAGCCUGUUUCUGGAAGUACUGCGUGACGAACUGAAGGUUUCCGCCGGCCGUGGAAGAGGACAGGACUAAAUUGGACAAACACGGUCCCCACACCCCCUCCCCCUCUCCCGAGUCCCCUGUAUGGUCACAUUAAAGAUUCAACUCGCAGCCUCAGAGAAUGUGUAAAUAAUU